CACCGUAACAUGUCCGUCAGUACUUCGAGUACCGUUCCAUCUAUCGAGUGCCUUUUAACAAUGAUUUUCCGAUAUAUAAAAAAACCGACGGAUGUUCGGGCGCCAUGACGCAAUUGGUUUUGAUGGUUUUUGUGACAUCCUCUAAACAUCAGUGCCAGUUCGCGAUGGAUGUGAUAGUGAUAUAAAUACUUUUAAUGCAUGCGGUGUUGAAUAUAAUGGGGAGACUGAGUAAAAUCGGACAGAACGGAGGUAAUAUUAAAGUGAGCUACAGGAAACUGAACAACGAGCACUCGGGAAAUCGUGACGGUCUUAAAAUUAUGCCAGCUGUACCGGAAUAUCUAUCGUAUUGCUGUAAUAGAUGCGGACAUACUCAAAAACUAGAGGCCGAAGGACUUAAUACGAUCGUUGGGAAUGCAUUCAGGAUGGCCUACGCGGCUCAGCUGCAAAAACAAUCAAGUUUUCAAGAUGUAAUUGCAUCUCAAUUGGAUCAAAGUCAGGCAGACAAAGUGCUUUGGAACAAGGAGUUAUCGUCAGCGCUUAGGAAGGAUAAAUCGGACGAUCAAGAAUUCGAAAUGGACGGUGUUCGUCUUACACAGAGUGAUGCAGCUACUCUUCGUGUGGAUUCUCGACUAGUACCACCUAGUACGAUCCCUGGAUUGAAAUCACCUCACCGAUAUAAUGUCUUAGGCCCUUCAGCUCCUGAAUGUAAUCAAGUCAAAUCCCAGUCGCAACAAUCCACACCUAGCAGCGAAGAAAGCAAUUCACCUACCGAGCUGAAUUCAUACAAGAAAAUGGCCGAGAAACCUCCGCUGAUCAAGAGGAUAGCAAUGGGAUUAACCAGCAGUAUAGCAGAGAGCGACGAAGACAGUUGUCCAUUAGUGGGAGAUGGAAACAACAGCAGCAUACCAGGUAGUCCAACUAAUAGGUCCAUUACAGGAGGGUAUGUCAAUCAAACCGAGGAAGUCAAAAAUAAAACGAAUGAAAACGAAAAUAUGAAAGACAGGAUGGGAGAAAAUACUAAUGCGAAUUUAACAAAACGCAUAGAAAUUGAUAAUAGCCUUAUAAAUAGGAAUGACCUCAAAUUCAAAAGGAUAUCGCAGCUUAGUUCAAGUAGUACAAGUUCGGGAACGCAAAAUGACGCCAUUAUAGGACUAACUCCCCCACCGCCAGCUCCUGAACGGACCGACUCUCUUAAUAAUAAAGAAGAGGGAGAACUUAGGUUAGCACCUUGGUAUCAAGCUGGCAUUCCAAGAGAAAUCGCCUUAGAAAUUCUCUCUCAAGAACCAAUAGGAUCGUUCAUUGUAAGAGAAAGUACCACAAAACCGGGAUGUUUCGCUUUAAGCUUGAGAGUCCCGCGCAGUUUUCAGCCAUCGGGGAUAGCUCACUAUUUAAUAGUGCGGACUAAUAAAGGCUACAAAAUUAAGGGCUUCACGAAAGAAUUUACAACCCUGGCUUCCCUGAUAACUCAUCAUUCGGUUAUGCCGGAACUUUUACCUUGCCCUCUGUCACUGAGUCGUUAUCAUCCCAAGUUUUUAAGGACCGAUUCCAAGAGAGAUUUUGCGGAUAUUGACUUGGAUCCAGAAUACAACGCAUUGGCAGACUUCAGGAAAAUGAUGGCGGAUCUGAACGUUUAAAUGGCGUAUUCUGAAAAAAACUGAUUUAAGCAGUGAAGAAACGAUUUCGUUCGAUUGCAGUGCCCAAGUGUGAAAAACUUUUAUUUGUGAAAUGUACUUGUGAGAAGUCAACAAACUAGUCCGAAAUUUGUAAACGUUUAAAUGAAAGACGCAAAUUUGUGUUCAAAUGUGAUACUAAAGCAUAUUAUUAUUGAGGGACUGGAACAAGAUAAUAUACAAUAUUUGUUGUACUUUAAACGUCCUCGUUAAAAAGUUGUUAUGUAAUUAGGUUUAUUCAUAUUUAUACACAAGAGCUGUUUUGAAAGUUUUUUUUAAUUCAAUUGCUUAUGGUAAUAAUAUUUUAAUAAAUGCAAUGUUAGACGAG